GCUCAAGCCACCGCUCCCAAAGGCUGCGUGCAAAGCGACGCGGAGCGUAGGGCAUCCAUGCAGCAUGGUAUGAUGAGUUCGUUGGCGUUCUUGUUCCUUGCUGUGCCAUGCUUCGCGACUGAUGGCGGAGAAGUGCUAAACGAAAUGCUUGGUGCGGCACCAGAGGCGGACCCUGUGUGGGUGGAUCCCGCUCUUCCCACGCCGCCUCCGCCAAUCAUCUCUCCGAACAAGCCUGGAUGCGCAGUGGACCUGACCUCUGCGAUCUACUCACUGUCAUUGAUCGCCCGCUACAUCACGUACAGCACAACAGACUGUCAGCAGCCAGGCCAAACUUCCACAACCUGUGCGGACGACGUCGCCAACACGGUGAAGCAAGUUGGGUGGACCGUCAGCUGGCUCGCCGACGGCGUGUUUACCUGCGGCAACGUGGAUGGUUCCUGCGCGCAGACGAUUGGAGCUGCCGUCGGCCAGUCGUCAGAUGCCACUGACAAACUGAUCAUGAUGGAGGUGUCGUGCUUCGACGAACUGCUGUGUACCUAUCAAGUCUUUGGCUUCCUCUCCUCCGCCAUCUUUGCAGCGAAGAACAUCGACACGGCCGUCCUGCAGUGCCAGGCAGGUGAUGGCGACGAUGGAGAUGACGGGGACGACGGCGAUGAUGGGGACAGUGGAGACGGAGAUGCUGGAGGGGCCCCUGCCCCUGCACCCCCACCGCUGACAGCUGAUCAGGUGGCAGCACUGUACCCGGGCGGUGCAUCGACUCCAGCACCACAAAGAUUGUUGCUGCCCGAUGUGACCCUCCGGGGUUCAGGUGCCCGCCGCCCGUCGGUGCUCCCGCCCAGCGCCGAAGUUGCGAGCGCUGACGAGAAGUUACGCUUGGAAUAGCUGAACUAGCUGGAAUAGCUGCUGACUGAGUGGCCUUAGCUCACCCAAACUUUGAGUCACUUGUGACCCAGGGUACACUGAGUACACCUUGUCCUUGGCCAAUGGGCCGGAGCUGUACUGCGAACGGACGUUC